AUGGUUAGUGUUUCAACAUUUGUAGCUAUGUUUCUCGCCGUGCUCGCCAUCGUUUCCUCUAGCCUCCUUGUUGCCCAUGCUGACACUGAUUUCAUCUCCUGCACAUGUAACAAGACCAACAACACCGCAUUGUGCAUAGCCGUGAUUACCGUCAAGCCACAAAGCUCCCAUGCCUCCACUGAGCAUGACCUCGCCAGUAUUGCGUUGAAUAUCGCCACUAACACCGCCAAACACAAUGUCGAGGUCAUCAGUGACCUAUCCAAGAACAACCAGAGCACACCGGAGGGGUUUGCAAUUGCCAUCUGCCUCAAGGCUUACACUGAAGCCACUAGUGCCCUGGAGAUUUUUGCCGACUUAUACUUCGAAAGAGGGUUGUACCCUUCUACAUUGAACGUUGUUUCAUUUGCAAUGGGUGCUAGUGACACAUGCAAGGAAGCGUUCAAAUGGAUCAAGAAGAAGUCCCCCGUGUCCUACAUAGAUCGUGAGAUGACGGAGCAUUGUAGUGUCGUCAGCAACCUCAUAAACCUACUUGUCCCCAAGUGA